CAUUAUCCCCCCUUGUAUCUCCACGGGCGACCGUCGCGUAAGACAGCACCGCUCGAUUAACAUCACACGAGGCUUUGUAGCGCUGUGGUGGCCCGGGCUCAGCGUAUCGCCAUCAAGUGUAGAAGUUCCACUGCAGGGGUGUGACUUCUGCAGUCAGGGGAGCUGCGUCUCUCAUGGAAAUGCUACACACAGCGUUUUCCACAGCCCACUAACGCAGGCGGACACAUAUUCCUGUUCACGUAUAGAAGUCCUCACCGUUUAUCCCCGUUUUGCCGUGUAUCGCGCAUGCACGCCGCGGGAUAAGAACAGCACGGCUCGCCGUGGACGCGUCCCGCCGGAUCGAGCAACAUCAGCACCAGCUUCAGCAUCAGCACAAGCAGCACCUGUGCGUCCGUUGAUGGGGACGAGAGACGCGUGAAGAAGGGAAGAGCGGUGGAGUGGGUUCCCCCCCUUCCCCAUUGCACCAAAAGAAAACUCUGGGGCCUGCUGCUGAACCAUGUCCUCUGCUCAGAGUGAGGAUUCUUCAGGGUACCGUCUGAGUGUGGUGCGGAACCCCCCAGGAUGGGAGGUGGGACUUUACCUGGUGGGAUUCCUGAUCCUACUGGCAGUGGCGGGCCUGAACAUCUGGAAGCUCUGGAAGUCGGGAACGUUUCCCACCCCUUCUCCCUUCCCCAACUUUGACUACCGGUACCUCCAGGAGAAAUAUGGAAACUCCUUCUCGGAAGUGCGGCAGAAGAGAGUGGCGGCCAACAACCACCGCCGCACCUCCACCGCCUCCAGCCGCAAGCCCAGCCUGGCGGCGGGCGAGGCCCUGGACGUCCUGCGGGAGCUGGGCCCCCUGGAGCUGGUGAGCCGGGAGCUGGACCCGGCGGGCGCGGCGGCCCACCUCAACCGCUCGGUGUCCACCGACUCGCUGAGCUCCAUCUCGUCCGUCGCCAACAACUUCGGCCACGACUACACGGUGGGGCAGCUGGAGGUGACGCUGGAGUUCGAGCCGUCGCGCCACCCCCACACCCACCUGGGCCACGGCACGGGGCUGCUGCACGUGGCCCUGCACCAGGGCAAGGACCUGCUGGAGCGGGAGGAGGGGGACUUCCCCGGCUGCUUCGUCAGGGUGUCCCUGGGAGCCGAGGAGUUCCACGUGGGCGUCACCAAGGUCCAGGCCAAUGCCUUCACUGUGCUGUUUGACGAGCGCUUCUCAAUCCCCCUGGACGUGGCCACCCUGGAGGAGAUCAGUCUGCGCUUUGCAUGCUUCGGUAUCGACACCGAGGAGCGCAACAUCAGCGCUGGGCUAGCCGAGCUAAAGCUCUCGGACCUGGACCUGACCGUCAGACCCUUCAACGCCUGGCUCUACCUCCAGGACGUCAAUAAGGCUGUGGAUGCAGUGGGAGAGAUCCUUCUGUCUCUCAGCUAUCUGCCCACUGCAGAGCGUCUCACCGUGGUAGUAGCCAAGGCAAAAAACUUGGUGUGGACCAACGGCAGGACCACUGCAGACCCCUUUGUCAAGGUGUACCUCCUGCAGGACGGCCGGAAGAUCAGCAAGAAGAAGACGUCCACCAAGCGGGAUGACAACAACCCCAUCUUCAACGAAGCCAUGAUCUUCUCCGUCCCCUCCCUGGUCCUACAGGAGCUGUCCUUGAGGGUGACGGUAGCAGAGAACACAGAAGACGGCAGGGGAGAAAAUGUCGGCCACGUCAUCAUUGGCCCAGAGGCCAGCGGCAUGGGCAUCACCCACUGGAACCAGAUGCUGGCCACGCUGAGGAAGCCUGUGUCCAUGUGGCACCCAAUACGCAGGAUCUAAGCAAACUCUGGCCUUCAGAAGACCCAAUUCAUCGCCAGUCCUAAGUCCUCAUAAACCCUAUGCUGUUGAGGCCCCAGGCCCUAUGUCCUCCCAAGUCUCUCAGUCUUCACAAACAUUAGGUCUUCAGAAGCCCAAAGGCCUCACAUGCUCCAAGCCCUUACUUGUUCUAAGUAUUCACAUGCCCUGAGUCUUCACAAGCCCUGGGUCCUUGCAAUCCCAAAGUCCUCACAAGCCAUCCCAAGUUCUAAGUCAUUUCAAGCCCCCAAUCCUACAAACCUCAAAUGACCUGAAGUGUUUUCAGUGCUUUUUUAAACAAACCAUUUUGAUUCCUCUCCUUCAUUCUGUUACUUGGCUUGGUGCUGUGGCUUUAAGAGUUUACUUUUUUGAGGGAUAUUAUGAAAUUGUAAUAGGACAACAGAAAACCAACAGCAACACAUAAAGGUAAACAGCGCCUUCCGAUUCCAGAUACAAAGGACAUAUCUAACAAAAUAGUGUGUUCUUGAAUUGAUUACACUCAUCGGUCCAUUAUAUACCUACAAUCUUUCAAUAACUUGUCAGGAUCUGCAGAGUGUUGUGUGUAUGUGGCUUGAUGUUUCUAAAGGUCAGCCCUGGGCUUGUUGUUCACACCAGGACAUUGUUUCUUGCUUAAGAAGAUUAUUGCUUAUGUUUAAGUUAGCAAUGUGACCCAUCCAGGUCUGUUUCUCCUCCCUACCUCCGUACUUAGGUCUCGGUAUCUUUGAUUCCUCUCCUCCUACUCCUCACUUCAAAGGGGUUGUGGAUCGGUAUACCCUUUCGGGGAUUUGAGACUACUCUUUCAAAGAACUCAAAAGAAACAUUGAUAGUUGAAUGUGUUUAUUUUUCCUUCCUCUUUCCCGAAGUCAAAAUAGCUAUGACCUUGAAGUGACUUUGGAUUAAACAAGGAACCCAAUGUGCUGUUAUAAAUUUCCGUGAGUUUGAUCUAUGUUUUUAUUAAGCUGUAUAGAGAAUGAACCGAAAGAUUGAACAAAAGGAUUGAACUGACUUAUUUUCAGGAAACCAAGUGUCUCAUUGGACUGGUCCAGUUGAUUGCUCAAGUUAAAUUCAUUAAGACUUUUAAAAUCAAGGUGGGGAUAGCGCUGUUGGAUUGCUUGGUCAUUCCUUGAUUGUAAGAGCGACAAAUUGUGUGCGUUUUGAUAUGUUCCAUAUAUUGUGCUUUUAAAAAAAAUCCAGGUAGUUUUAUCCAGGUAACAAUAAAUUGUAAUUUGUAGCACUUGUUACAGGGUGGCCAAAUCAACAUAUUCAGCAUAUAUAGGCAUAUAUCACAAUUCAUUUGUUUAUUUGUAGCAUAACUUAUGCAAUACAGGCAGCAGCGUGUAUUUACAUAUGAUUUGUACGUAACAAUGUAAAUAGGGUUUUAUAAUUUGUGUUUUUUAUUAUAUUGAUUGUACUUUAUUUGCUAUAAUUUUUUGUCAUCAUAUUGAGCUAUUUUGUUGUGACAACAAAUAUAUUCAUAUACAUUUUAAAGGAAUUAUAACAUCAGUGAAAAUAAAAUGAUUCAUUUAGCAACUAACAAGCAUUACCUUUGGAACCCUGUAAAAUGAGCUUGAGGUGUCUUUUUACCACAUGCUAUUUUGGCGGACGCUUUUAUCCAAUCCAUCUGACAGUACCUUGGCGCAUACAUGCUUAUCACAGUGGUGCCAGUGGGAAUCUGACCCUGAACCUGCAGUGCUGGUGUAUGUUGUUCAGUUGAGCUUGACUGCACCAUUGUUUUGGAGGAAUUUUAUUUAAGAAAAAUACACACCACUUUUUUUUACCCUUCUAUUCUACAAAUACUAUGAUAGUAAGACACUCUGGUCUCCUUCAAAUAGCUCAAUGUCAUCGUUUUUUUGAAAUAGCAUUGUGCAGAAGUACCGUUUAGUUUUGUUUUAUACAAUGCAAUGUAUUACAAUGUACAACUACAAUGAACAGCGUAUAGUGACUGCGACUUCCACUGGCCUAAGCCUUCAGUGGAGCCUUCGUCACUUCACCUAUAUCCACUUUCAAAUUAUAACCAUCAUUGUGGUCCCGAUGCCCAUAUUUGCCACUGUGCCAAAUACUGAAGCAAUAUGUUAAUUUACAUUCAGCAUUUGCAAUUGAUGAACAAAACGGUACUCUAUAUUUGAUCGUGCAUGAAGCUAUUUAGCACUGGAUGUGAAUGUGCCUCAAAAGUUAAAUAGUUGUAUUGUGUGAACGCUGUUUGAAAUAAAAGCAAUGCAACAGUAA